CGUCCAGCAGCUGAUCGGUAAUCCAGAAGAAGUUACCCCUCAGUUAGCGGGGAGCUACACUUUGAAGCAGGAGACUCCACAACCACCCUGCAUUAAAAAGGAAGAGGAGGAACUCUGCAUCACUCAGGAGGGAGAGUGUCUUCUAGGACGAGAGGAAGCUGAUUACACCAAGUUUCCACUGAGUAUUCUCUCUGUGAAGACUGAAGAUGAUGAAGAGAAACCACAAGUAGACAACCUCUUAGCUCCACUAUCAGAUAGUGAGGCUGAAGACGAGGUUGAAGAACCUUUGAGCAGCGAUACAGACUGUGAAGGUGAUAUGAGGACUCACACUGACAACAAACACUCUGAAUGCUCUACAAAGAAGAGAGGUGAAACAUGUUUGAGCUGCUCAGUUUGUGCUGAAAGUUUUACUAAAAAGAGCCAUUUGACUCGACACAUGAGAACACACACAGGAGAAAAACCAUGUACUUGUUCAGUUUGUGGCAAAGGCUUUUCUCAAAAUAGCUAUUUGACUAAACACAUGAGAACACACACAGGUGCAAAACCAUUUAGUUGUUCAGUUUGUGGCAAAAGCUUUUCUCAAAAUAGCUAUUUGACUAAACACAUGAGAACACACACAGGUGCAAAACCAUUUAGUUGUUCAGUUUGUGGCAACAGCUUUUCUCAAAAUAUCAAUCUGACUGUACACAUGAGAACACACACAGGAGAAAAAACAUUUAUUUGUUCAGUUUGUGGCAAAAGCUUUUCUCAAAAUAGCUCUUUGACUCGACACAUGAGAACACACACAGGAGAAAAACCAUGUAAUUGUUCAGUUUGUGGCAAAAGCUUUUCUCGAAAUAGCAUUUUGACUGAACACAUGAGAACACACACAGGAGAAAAACCAUAUAAGUGUUCAGUGUGUGACAAAAGAUUUUGUGUUGAGACCAAUUUGACUAAACACAUGAGAACACACACAGGUGAAAAACCAUUUAAUUGUUCAGUUUGUGGCAAAAGCUUUUCUCAAAAUAGCUAUUUGAUUAAACACAUGAGAACACACACAGGUGAAAAACCAUUUAAUUGUUUAGUUUGCGGCAUAAGCUUUUCUCAAAAUAGCUAUAUGACUAAACACAUGAGAACACACACAGGAGAAAAAUCAUGUAAUUGUUCAGUUUGUGGCAAAAGCUUUUCUGUUAAGAGUAAUUUGACUGAACACAUGAGAACACACACAGGUGAAAAACCAUUUAAUUGUUCAGUUUGUGGCAAAAGCUUUUCUGGUAAGAGCAAUUUGACUAAACACAUGAGAACACACGCUGGAGAAAAACCAUUUAGUUGUUCAGUGUGCUGUAAAAGGUUCCAACAUAAUGCAGACGCAGUAAAACACACAAGAACACACAAGGGAAAAUAACCAAUUAGUUGUUUAGUUUGUGGUAUGUUGCUCAUAUGUGGCGACAUCCACCCUACCCAGGACCUCCUCACUGCUUCUUUCACAAAUAUCUGAGGUAUUCAUACAAACUUGGAUUAUUUGAAGCAUAAUCUUAUCCACUCAUGACCCCAUGUCUUCUCUGUAUCUGAAACCUUGCUGAACAGUAAGAUAGAUGAUGCUUCAAGUGCUUGGUUACUCCUUCUUCAGUCCAGGGACCUGGGGCCUCAUGUGUCAAGUUUGUACACGCUCAAAAACCUGCACUACACCCUUUUUCACUGCAAAAUUGAGAUGUAUCAAAACUGACUAACGCAUAAGUGAUGCUGGGUAACUGUUUGCAUAACAAACUGCCAACUUUUACUCCUCAGACUGAUUGAUGUGCAAAUCAGAGACAUAUGAACAAUUAACCCCCAACACCCACAACCCAACCCCCACCUCCCUCGACAUGGUCCUGGUGGAGAUCUACACUCUUAGUGCUUUUCUUCUUUA